AUGAAAAGGUUGCCAGAAGUAUCACCUAGCUGUAUCAAUUGGAAAAAGGAUGAAGACAUCACUUGGCUCUACGGUCCCAAGUUUGAUACUGACGAUUGUAUAUGCUCGGUCGAUUUAUCGGCCGGCGCCUGUGAUUCUACCGGUGCGAAGUGCGACUCGAGAAAUAGCUCGGUUACCUCCUUAUCGUCUACGUCCUCACUUCGCACGAUGGACAGCGAUAUUUCGGUAGAUUUUGACCGCCCGCUGGAACCUCGGAACAAGCCCGCCUCAAAGUCUAAACCCUUUAAAAAGGUGAAGUUCAACUACAUAAUAAAUUCUCGUGAAAUCAUAAACGGGAGAUCCAUUGACUACGGUUUCUUGGACGAAAUGUGUCUAUAG